CUAGUAGGAAAAUUUUGCAUGAUUACAAAAUUCACGUGGAACUUCUAAGAAUCUCUAUCCCAAAGGUGCUAAGACGUGACGGUCUUAUCCAGUUAAAGCCACAUGGAGUGGGCCGGGAGAUGAGCCGUUUACGAUUUGGUUUUCACUUGGUAGUCUAUGUUACGUCGUUUUCACCUUCACUUUCAAUCGUCAGUUUGUACAGAGUACGUAGUAUAUGAGUCCAGAGUCCAAAAUGCAAAUUGAAGAUUCUGCUAGACCUUUCUUCUCUUCUAGUGGACACCAGACUUGUUGAUAGUCAUGUGUUAUUAAUGAGCCUUAAGAGCAUGUUUAAUGGGGGGGGGUUUUAGUGGAAUAUAAGAACUUCCGCUAAGAACCCCAUUAAACAUGCUCUAAGAGUUUCGGUUUUAGUUCCAAAGUGACAAUUUUAACAAAAAUCCGGGGUUUCAAAAAAAAAAAACAAAAAUCCAUAUUUAAUGGGCCUAGAUGUUCUUCUUAAUGGUUCUUAAAGAGUUAAUUCCAACACUACAAGAACCGACCAGUUUGGUUCCGAUCACAAUUACAUAGAACUUUUAUGAAAAAGAUUUGGUUUGUCAUUCAGAUCAACAAAAUGACAAGCCAAAUCUUUUUCUUAAAAGUUCUAUGUAAUUGUAAUAACAGUGUCAUAUUCGUUAUGUUUUUUUUCUGUUUUUUACAUUAAACUUAAUUCGAUGAUAUAUUUCUUGUUGUUGCUAAUUAUGGCUUCAUAUAUGAAUAUUUACCAAAAGCUAUUAUGGUAUUUGUUAAUAAUCCGAGAGUUACGGCAUCUCUUUCUCCGUCAACCACUGCGCCUCUUCUCUUCUACUCACAUUACAUGUGAGUCAUGUGACUGAUUUGUUAAUUUGUUGCUCCUUUAGUUUUAUUUUAUGGUCUUUAUAUUCCAAAACAUAUAUUAUCCGAAUCUUCUAAGCAUUUAAUUGAUAGGUACAAAGCCAUAUUCUAUGGUUCUCAGAUAUCUAUGUUCUAACAAUUAUCUUAAUAGUGAAAGUUAAAGACACCAUCGUUUAACUAAAAAGUUGAUAGAUAGCAAUAGAAUAACGUUGAAUUUGGUAAGAAUCGUUGGUUAAAACAUAUAUAAAACCGAAGCUAAUCAGCUGAAAAAUACAUUUAACAAAAUAGUGUGUUAGAUUUCAUAAAAUAGUAUAUAAAUAAUCAAUAAUUUCACAGCAUAGUUAUAGAUGACAUCAUUUUCAUUUACUUAAGUUCAAUCUUACUAUUAUCAUCUACAUAGUUAACUCAUAAAUAAAUUGCAUGUGCUAAUGACUUUCUGUCAUUCGAUCUGAAUGAUUAACGAAUAUGAUUGGGUUAGUUUCAAUAAUGUGUGAGCUAGUUAAUCACAUGUCUUCUAUUGGUCAAUAGCUGGUGAACCACAUGUCAUGUGUUAUAAAAAAUAUGGUGAUUGUCGUGAUGUAGACAUUUAUAUGUAUUCUAUUUUUACUUGUGUUCCAAAAAAAAAAAAAUUCUAUUUUCAAUUCAUAUUAAUUAACGGUAUGGCUUUUGGCCGUGUCGUGCAUAUACGUACGUGAGUAACGUGACUACGCAAGCUGCGUAGACAUUCCUAUAUGUACAGUGCAUAUAGCAACCAUGUGUGCAUCAAAUGAUUGGAAAUGUAAACUCUUUUAUCACUCACAAAUAAUUUCAAAAUCUCUUAUCAUAUAGAUAGCACAUGUAUACUUAGUUGCACCAUAGAUUCCAAUAACGAACCAGUUGAUGCACUAUAUAUACACCCAUGCAUCAAGACUAAUACAAACACAAAGUCAAACUCACAUAAAAUAAAAUGACAAAAUCAAAUAUUACAUUACCACUUUUCUUCACACUUCUCUUCACACUCCUCACCUUCAUCGAUGUCUCGACCGGGGCCGCAAACGUAUUCAACGUCGUUAGCUUCGGGGCCAAACCUGACGGUGUGACGGAUUCAACGGGAGCAUUCCUCAAAGCAUGGCAGGCGGCUUGUGGCUCAGUAGCUGCAGCCACUGUGAUGGUUCCAAUUGGGACAUUUAUGGUGAAGGGAAUAACGUUUGGAGGGCCAUGCAAGAGCAGGCUCAAGUUUCAACUGGCUGGAACCGUCGUUGCUCCGCCAGAUUACAGGGCAUUUGGUAACUCCGGCUAUUGGAUUCUUUUCAAUAAGGUUAGCAAAAUCUCACUUAUCGGUGGGACUUUUGAUGCUAGAGCUAAUGGGUUCUGGGCUUGCCGAAAAUCUGGUCAGAGUUGUCCUCCCGGUGUUAGGUCAAUAACGUUUAACUCGGGUAAAGACGUGAUCAUAAGUGGAGUCAAAUCGAUGAACAGCCAAGUCACUCAUAUGACUCUCAACGGUUGCACCAAUGUGGCCGUCCGUAACGUGAAGCUAGUGGCUCCCGGGAAUAGUCCAAACACCGAUGGUUUCCACGUUCAAUUCUCCACCGGAGUCACAUUCACCGGAAGCACCGUUCAGACGGGAGAUGAUUGUGUUGCUAUUGGCGCUGGUACCCGGAACUUCCUCAUCUCCAAACUUGCUUGUGGCCCAGGUCAUGGUGUUAGCAUUGGGAGCUUGGCAAAGGAAUUGAACGAAGAUGGAGUAGAGAAUGUGACACUAUCGAGUUCGGUAUUCACCGGAACACAAAACGGCGUGAGGAUAAAGUCGUGGGCGAGGCCAAGUAACGGAUUCGUUAAGAACGUCUUCUUCCAGAACCUAAUCAUGAAGAACGUCCAAAACCCUAUUAUAAUCGACCAAAACUAUUGUCCUUCCCACAAAGGUUGCCCUACUGAGCAUUCGGGUGUGAAGAUAAGCCAAGUGACGUAUAAGAACAUACAAGGAACUUCCGCGACACAACAAGCGAUGAAGCUGGUAUGCAGCCAGAGCAAUCCAUGUACAGGAAUCACAUUACAAGACAUUAAGCUUACUUACAAAAAAGGAACUCCAGCUACGUCCUACUGUUUCAAUGCUCUUGGGACUAGUCUCGGUGUUAUUCAACCUACCAGUUGUCUAAACCGAUAAAAUCAAAUACUCUUGAAGUAGAUUGUAGUUCUAAUAAAGAUUUAUGUGAAAUAGCAUUCCGGGGUGAAGAUAAGCCAAGUGACGUAUAAUUAAGAACAUACAAGGAACAUCUGCCACAAAACAAGCGAUGAAGCUGGUGUGCAGCAAGAGCAAUCCAUGCACAGAUAUCACAUUACAAGACAUUAAGCUUACUUACAAGAAAGGAACUCCUGCUACUUCCUAUUGUUUCAAUGCUCUUGGGACUAGUCUCGGUGUUAUUCAACCUACUAGCUGUCUAAACCAAUAAAAUCAAAUAUUCUUGGUGUAAAUUUUAUUUGGUGUAAGAUGAAAUGGUAAAAAAAAAAAAAAAAAAUGGUAAAAUAUUGUUACGGGAUUGACUUCUUCCUCUUUUAAGCGUUGUUACCGGUGAAUAUAAGAUUCAUGGAACGAUUAUCCAAAUAGUUUUGUGCCCAAUUGCUUUGGAUAUCAACCGGUUAAGGGUAAAGUACUUGUUUCUAUAACAAAAUUUCUGUGACUACAAAUAUUUUGUUUUCAAUUUUUCAUAUAACUAACAAAGUGAAAGACUUUGACCUGUCACAAUCACAUAGUGCUUACUCUUUUUUGACUUGAUAUGGACAGCAAGUAUAUAAAAAGACAAAUCUAGAAAGCUCGAAUAUUAGGAAGGCUGCCAUGUGCUUUUUAAGUGGCUGUAUAUAGUUUUAGUAAUAUAAUUAAUAGAUUUUGGAAAUUUAAUGGAAUUAAUAAA